UUUGACCAGGACGAUAUUGUCGGCGAGCUCAAAGUCUUCCCUUUUGAUUCAGCGCCAAAAUACGAGGCACUCUCCUACGUCUGGGGUCCACCAGAACCUACAAAAUCAAUAACUCUAAACGGCCAGGAGGUCUCCGUUGGCGUUAGCCUCUUCGCUGCUCUUCAUGGCCUUCGUCUCCUAAACCAGUCCACCAACGGCAAGAGCAACACCGAGCGCGUUCUUUGGAUCGAUGCCGUGUGUGUCGAUCAGAAAAACAACGAAGAGAAGUCUCAUCAAGUAAAGAUGAUGGGCUCCGUUUACAAAAAGGCAGAGACAGUACUCGUAUUGCUCGGA